CUUUAGUCGCUCUGACUGCUAAACUCCUCUGUUAUUCCUAAACCGAUAUUCCGUGGGGUCAGGGGUCGGGUCCUUGUCACCUUUUUCAUACCUGAUGACUUUGCCUCCCUGACUGCAGUUGCUUUAGCGAGUAGAAGCUAGUAAGCCUACUAUUUGAUUUGUUUUAGAUCGGCACUACAUGUUUCAUAUCAGACCUUAUUUUCCUGUUCCAUGUUCAAAUAAACCAUUUUCAGUGGUCAUUCUUUUUGGUCAUGGAAAAUUAGGUAAAGGUCAUUGAGAAGUCAUGGAGAAGUGUAUGAACCCUGUUAUUCACAAAAGCCUCAUGAGCCUAUGUACAUUACAUCACAGGUCACUUGUUAGACGCUUUUAUCCAAAGCGACUCACAUACUCAAUACUGUGGGCAAUCCCCACAGGAGCACUUUGGGGUGAAGGGUCUCAGCUGACUGCUGCGGGGUUUGAACCUGUGACCCCCUGAUACGAACACCAACGCUCAACCCACUGCACCACACGUACAUGUUCAUUGCAGCUUUUUUGAUUGACUCUGUUCUUUAUAGCACCAAUAUUUACCCCAGGCUUCUGAUUGACUUCUUAUCAGAGAAACAGAUCAUAUGUUAUCGAGCCCGUCUGUUUCAAAAUGUGAUGAAUAUGACUUUGACCUUUUCAGAGUGUUCACUGCUGGCAGCCAUGGCCUGCGACAGAUACGUGUCUCUCUGUAAACCUCUGCAUUAUUCAACCAUCGUGAGGAAAAGAACUGUCGAUGUCUGUCUGGUUUUGUCUUGGCUUCUGCCGACUUGUGAGACUGCAUUGGGAUGCAUUCUUUAUUCUAAUAGCAAACUCUGCAGUUUUACUAUUAGGGGGAUUUUUUGUAACAAUUCAAUUUACAAUCUUCAGCGUGUGAGCUCGAGCGCUCUCUCUGUAUAUGGAGUGCUCAUGUUGGUAAAUGUGUCCCUUCUGCCUCUUAUCUUCAUACUUUUUACAUACACCAGGAGACUUAUACUAUCAUAUCAGAAUGGUAGAGAGUACAGGAGAAAAGCUGCACAGACCUGUUGACCCCACCUUUUGUUUGCGCACAUAAAAGACUGCAUCAAAUACAGAUGA